AUGACACAGCCGAGCUACUAUGUUAGCAAAUAUGCCGGAGAAUUCUGCAAGCUGGUGGUGGAGGGCGAUUUCAGCAAGGUUAAGUCGAAGUUCAAGGAGUUCGUGCUGGACUACCAAACACCGGAAGAUCUCAAUACGCCGCUGCAUCUGUCCAUCAUUGCCCAGCAGAAUCGCAAUGAAAUUAUCCAAUUUCUGGUGGAAUCGGGCGCGGAUUGCGAUCUGCGCAACUCCAUGAACCUGACCGCUUCGGAGCUGGCGAUCAACCUGAACUUUAUCGACGUGACCAAGUUCAUGCUCGCCGUCGAGUUCCGCAACCUGACGGACUACCGUUGCUUUUACCGGCUGAUACGGCGCGGUUCGGUGCCGUUGCUGCAGCUCUUCCUCGAGCUGAAAUCGUUCGACAUCCACCAGCAGAUCGGGUACGUGUCGAGCGUGUGGCACGAGCUGUACGUGAAAAAUGUGCCGCUCACGAAGAGCAUGGAGAACUUUCUCGAGUACCAGCUGCUGAACUACAGCUACGCCUAUCACCAUCCACCGGCACACCGGCCCGACCGGCCCAAGUUCGACAAGGAGCUCGAGCAGCGGAUCGAGCUGAUCGUGGAGUACACGCGCUACCUGACCAAGCACUACGGUGCGACGGACAAUCUGAACGACUACGACGACAAGUUCCUGCUGGCAAUCAAGAUCGUGUACGACAAUCUGUUCUUCGUGCGGGAGAAGCGCGAACUGGUCGGCUCGGUACCGGUGGACGAGAUCUGCCGACUGUUGGCGGUGUUCCUGGCCAUCUUCAAGAAGGCGCCGCACUACGAGGUGUACAAGCUGAUACUGAACAAACGCACCGUGCUGCAGUUUCUGUCCGCCGUGAGCGAUGAGCUGGAACGGAUCAAGUGCGAGAUGGUGGAGAACCGUGGCCAGUCGAGGUGGUCGAAUGAGUUGUUGCUGUGUCUGAUAUGCUGUAUACGGGACGCCGCACCGGCCAAAUCUACGAAGGCAAUCAAUGCGCUGUGGCGCAAGAAGUGUGUGCUCAAGAAGAAGCUGAUCUACUACGUGAAGGCACGCCUAAAGGCAAACCCCGAGCUGAACGCGAUCCAGGCACGGUACGUGAACAAUCUAUCGAAGGCCGAGCUGGAGGUGCUGCGCCACGAGCUGAGGGCGAACGAGUUCGUGGAGCUGACGCGUUCGACGGGACGCCGCAAUCGGGUUACCUUCUGCCGGUUGCGCAAAACGUACGAUCAUGUGAUGCAGCUGUACUCGAUCAAGAAGAUUCUUCGCUACCUGGAUGGGAUCGCACGGAUCCAGCUGCCGCAGUAUCAGGUGUCGGGUGUGCUGGCCAUCAAACGCACGCUGCAGGUGAUCGCGGAAACGGUUGCGAACACUCGCUUUUCGCCGGCUAUUGCGCGUAAGCUGGACAGUGUAGUGCAUAAGAUACUGCCCCUGAACCUGGACGUCGAUGUGCGGGAUUUCUAUCAACCCAACGUGUCGCUGUACAAGAUGUGUUCGGAUAAGCUCGAAACUGGUCGGUUACUGCCGUUCGCGGAAGUGCAAUGUAGCCUCAAGUCGGUGCGGCGUUACUUCGCCUACGUGCACGAUCUGAAGAUGCUGGAGGCGUACAAGUGCUAUCUGGGCAAUGUGCAUCAGCUGAAGAACCAUCGGCAGGUGGCGAGCUACAAUCAGUACGUGGGCGACGCGAAUCGCAUGUACUUCGAAAAUCACACUCUGGACGAUCUUCAUUUCGAGCUGGAGGAUUGCAUACGCGUCGUGGAGGAGUUGCAGGAAACGUUCAGUCAGCAGCAGGACGAAAAGCUGUGCGAUCUGCUCCGGUGUGUGUAUGGCCCGUUGGCACAGCGCUUCGAGUCACUAACGAAGGGUGCUGAAGGUGGGGAGCGAGCUGCGCUGGCAUCGAUCAGCGCCAACUUUAACACCGUGAUGCAGCUUUGCGGGACGGAGAUAGACAUGGCGAAGGUGCGCCGUAUCGUGGGAUCGUUUCUGGCCGAAAGCUACCCCAAGUACGACAUUUGCAACGAUGAGCAGCUGCUGCUGCUGAAUCCCCUCAUGCAAGAACUGCUGCACCUGUUCACGAACUAUCUCUACCAGUACCAGAUGGAUGAGCGGGUGACGAAGAACUUCGUGACGAUGGUCGAGGUGCUGCACGUCGGUCGGUACAUUGCCGUGGAUCACUUUUUGCCCGAGCGAACGAAACCUUUCGAUAGUUUGCUGCAUCAGAACUACACGAACGAUAUACUGAAGAAGUUUAAUCUGCAGAAUCUGAGCUCGAUCGAGUUUGCGGUAUUGCACGAGCAGCUGUCGCAGAGCUAUUACGACAAUUGCUAUAAUCUCGACAAGAAGUAUGCGGUACUGACGAUGUUCUUCAAGUCCACUAAUCGGCAGGUGAAUGAUGCGAUUGUGAAGCGCAACAAACGGAUGGAUCGGGAAGAGUUUCAAUCGUUUCUGGACGCCAAGUUGAAGUUUAUUGGCCAGUUUUUGCCCUGCAGUGACUUCAACGAAGUGACACAGUUCAUCAAUGAGGCGGCUCCGCACGUGGAGUACGCACUAGAGCACUGUUUGCUGGAGCUGUGCGAGAUUCUGACCGAUCUGGGCGUCUUCCAGGACAAUCAGUACGUGUUGAAGUUGCAGUCGGCGAAUGUGAGCGGACGCAACCUGCACGACUAUCUGCGGCAGGAUGCGCUUGAGUGUGACAUGCUGACGCUGACGCACAGCACCAAGGUGAAGGUGUUUCUGAACGGGUUGAUCUUUAAGAGCAACGAGUUUAAGCUGUACCAACCGCCGAGCAAUCAGAAAGCGAACCCGGACGAGCUGCUGUCGAUCAACGAAAACCUGAUCAACAACUACAAGAUGCGGUGGAGCUGGGUCGAACAGCAGGAGCGGCUGUUCAAGUCGGUCGAAACGAUAGAUUUGAAGCUGCUGCAAGCUCUUACACCGGACUACGCCGACAUACGUGGUAUGCGGUUGGGUGUGCUGUGCGAUGGUACACCCUCGACGGAGUAUGAAAUCAUCGACCACACGAUACGCAACAAUCUGAAGCAGAUGGUCGACUACCUGUCGGAGGAGCUGCAGGCGAUCUCGUUCGAGAAGAAGCAAUUCUUCCAGUACGUGCUCGUACGCAGCUCAAACUCGCUGUUCAUUGAUGCACAUUUCACACUGACGACGGUACAGGAGCGGCAGGCCACGAUUCUCUUCAUGGCGCUCUACUUCCGCGCGUACGACUUGUUUCUCGAAUGUGUCAAGCGGUUCGAACUGACGGUGAACCUCGGCAAGAUCAUCAAGUACAUCAAUCUGGAGUUUAUCGAGAAGAUCGCAAAGCAGAUGAAAGACAUCAGCUGGAACUGCCAGGACGGACACGGUACGACAGUGCUGGAUCAAUGCGUACAGAAGGGUGAUCUGCCGGCGAUAAAAAAGCUGAUCAAGCUGGGCGUUGACAUUUGCUCACAGACGGCCGACGGUACGUCGGCGUUGCAUCGCGCGUGUAACCUGGGCCACACGGAGAUUGCCAAGCUGCUGGUCAAGCAUCACGUUCCGCUAUCCUCGCUAAGUGGAACCGAUCGCUUGCCCCUGCACUACGCAAUCCAGUACCACGAGAAUGAGCUGCUGCCGGUGCUGUGGUGCGACGACAUUGAUGUAAACUCGGACAAAAAUCGACUGGUGAAGCGUGCGAUCAAGUACGGCAAUCUGGAUGCGUUGAAGUUCCUGCUCGACACACGGCAGGCGAAGCUUUCGACCGUCGAUCAGCAUCAAAACACGGUGCUGCACCUUUGCGCUAUCUAUGGGCGGAUGGACAUGCUCCGGUAUCUGUUCGACAGCCAUCGAAUCGCGAUUGAGGAAGACAACCUGUUGAAUCGCCGCAAUGCUUGCUCCAAAACGGUGCUGCACGUUGCCGUGCAGAAGCGCCAGACGGCAAUGGUUGCGUUUUUGCUUGACCGAGGUGUCGAUCCGGGUCCGGCUGAUGAUACGGGACGCUCGGCGUUUGAGUGGGCCGUCCAGGAGAACAGUGUGCGCAUUAUGAAGGCAUUCGCCAAACACACUCCAACGAUGCGUUCGAUUGCGGGAUCGUCCGGUGUAGCAUCGCACCCACUGACAAUUGCGAUCGAGCAGCGGAACGUUCGUAUGCUGAAGUUCUUGCUGCGGAACGGCUGUAGUCUCGCCGGUGAAUCGCUGUGCCUGAUCAAGGCCGUAUACACACGGUCUCUGGAGCUGGUGCGGUACAUCGUGGAGCUGUGCAAGCCAGCCUUGCAGUAUCGGGAUCCGUACGACAGUACUCCGCUGCAUGUGGCGAUUGCGAUAGAAUGCAACGAAAUCGCAGCAUACCUGAUCGAAUCGGGCGCGGAUAUCAACGCCGUGAGCAAGUUCGGUGAUACACCGCUGCAUGUGGCCGCACGCCAUGGUAACAUAGUGGCCGCUCGUAUGCUCAUCCUGAAGUACGCCACCAUCGACGAGCGGAACACAUCCGGACUGACACCGCUGAUGCAGGCGAUGUACUCGCGCAACCUGGACAUCAUGAAGCUGCUGAUCGGGGCGGGCGCCAACAUCGAUCUGCUGAAGCUGCACCUGGCGGAGAUUGAGCAGCUCGCCAAACUGCCCACCAUCCACAUGUUCGUCGACCAUUACGGGCUGCUCGAGUUUAUGGUGCUGCAGCUGCAGUACGAUCCGAACGUGCGUGACGGACGCAACCAGCAGGGAUUGCUGCACAAGGCGUGCUACACGAACAAUCUGCAGAUCGUGCAGUUUCUAGUCGACUGGUGCCGGCUGCAGACGGAGCAACAGGAUGCGAACGGGCGCACACCGCUGGCGAUAGCGAACGAGUGCAAAAACUACGAGGUGUCCGAGUUUCUGCGCAGCAAGAAGAGGAAAAAAUCGCAAAUCGCUCCUCAACGUUACUUCGAUCCGGCCGGUUUGAUGUAACACGGACGGUUGGUUCGGGUGGUACAGCACUAGCUGCUGCGCAUCAGUGUCAGAUCAGGGUUUAGCUCCGCUUUUUUCUUGCGUGUGUGUCCUUUCCAUGACCGGACGUUGUUAUCGUUUCGGUUUACCCAGUGAAGCUUGCUCUCGCCGUAGCCGAGAACAGUAGAAUAGAAAUGUGCCCAUCGUUUUGCAUAGCUUUCAGCUGUGCGUAAGAGAAGAUUUAAAAAACGAAGCAAUGGAAUACAGGUGUUUGGAGCAGAAAUGGAAGAAAUCUUCGAUAGAAAGUAGCUACACAGGUGUUGCGUGUCCCUAUCGUUUAGCACUGUGUGCUGCAAAAUAGGAUCAAGCGCAAGCGCAUCCUGCUACAGCAGCAAAACGAUAGCCGCACAUUUCUUUCGUGGAACAAACACUCUCGUUCCAUGUUAAUCACGAUAAAUUACAGCUUUGAAAGGCUUCUCGCAACAAAGUUCCUCGCGUCCCAAAGCUUGUGUGUGCUGGGAGUCACGAGAAAAGAUCGCGCAAACAUCGAUCGUCUGAAUGAUUGCUGUUGGUCGGUUCGGUUGGAAGUUGAGGAAGAGUAUGCGUAGCAUUUUUGUUUUUUAGAUGGAAUAUUUUAUGCUUCCUAUCGUUCCGGAAUCGUCCGCAGUAAUUUAAUUUCGCGUCAGACGAUCGAUUAGUGGCGGCGUUUGGUUUUUGUCGAUUUUCAUCACACUUUGUUUGGGAUGUACUAAAACAGAAGCCUUCAUAAUAGUGCUCAGCUAAGCAUGAGUUCUUGUAAACACUCGAUGGAUCUUUCGUUCAAAACGUUCAGUUUGUUUGAAAUGCAUCGGUUCUUCAGAAGAGCGUUUGGUUGGCCUAUCCUCAUUGGAUGUUCUAGUCAGUGUACUGGUUCUGAUAAUCGUUGUAACAAAACCCAACAGGAUUAGACCACAGACAGGAAUGUAUAGCACUGUAAAUGGUUUGAAGGGGGAACACAUUUGAGCAAAUUGAUGGCACUGAUGGCAGAUAGCAGAUGCGUAUUUAGAGCCUAGGGGCUCGUGCUGAGUCAGGCUAAGCAAGAGCAAACCGAUUGAUUUCCUUUCGUGAUUUUAGAUGAAACAGGUGCGUGAUUUUAGCUGUUUUAUAAACCUCCUACAUUCCACUGACAACAAACGAUGCGAUACACCGAUAUGGUGGUAACCGACGAUGAGAUGCAUAUUGUGACUAUUUGUGUGUGUAUAUUGUAUGGGAGCUAAACUCUAGACAAAACAACAACUACCGUAUGGUAUUGUAUUGCGUGUGUUUCAGUAACUGGAUGUAACUACCUUGGUGUCUGAUUAUAGAACUUACGAUAGGAAGCAGUAGAUUCGUAUCCCCUCGCCGUAGGCUAAGAACGGUGAUGAACCUUUAACGAUGCUUUCAUAAUGCAUCACAUAAGAGUGUAGUCUGGAGAAACGGACGUGGACACGCAAGGUAUCGGCAGAAGAUACGCUCACAUUUCUAGAAGCAUAAGAUAAAAUCUUUUAUUGUACCUUUUUAAGUAACGAAACCUCGCAUAUUCCUUCACCCGGAUGCAGCGCCCAGUGUAGUAACGCCGCUAGUAACGUGUAGCGCCCCCUGCUGGGAAAAAGGCAUAGAGACAUGGAGAUGGGACAAUGUUAAGUUAUAGGUUUAGUAAGACGUGAAAUGAAACUAAUAACCUCGCAUUUAUUACACGAUUACAAACUACCAUUAUAAUAUACAUACUAUAUAUAUAUACAGACUGUACGAAGAAACUUCUACUAUAAGUACACAUUUUAUAUGAGUGUCGUAAUUAUUGUCCCUUGUAGCUGGUCCAUCUCUAUCGUUACGGUGGUAUCGGGAUGAAUGAGACAAAAGGCUAAUACACGCUAUGCGAACUACAUGAAGCGUUUGCAGAUGGGUAGAAGCAAAUAAACUACUAAAUCUCUAACUACUAAGAAAGGUGAAUGCCCGCCCCGUAAGCAAAAGACAAAACAAGCGCCAGUGCAGAAUAUGAAAACGUAAAUUAUUUAUUAGGUAGACACUCGUUAUGCAUGCACCAAAUUUAAUAUAAUAUAUUAAAUGGCAAUGCAGCAGAGUAUAGCAAACGAAACGGAAUCAACCGGAGCAUAAUGGAGUAGAGCAAACGGAAGCAGAACGGCACAAAGCAAGUGUGUGGUAGGCAAGUGUAACAGCACUUAAUGCUACGGAUAAUCCUAGUUCCACACGGAUCUAACGUCCCUUCAAAAUGGGAAGGAAGGUUGGAAGGUUUAAAAAAUCAACGCUAAACCUCGCAUGGUUUGUGAAACGUAAUAAUACAUAUAGAAGUAGUAGUGUUAAGGUUGGUAAAAAAACCACAAACAAAUGUGUGUGUAUGUGUGUGCAUGUGAAAACUCACAAAACACGCAAAAGUCGCCAUCCCUCGCAUAGUACGUAAGGAAAUAAUAAGGAAAAGAAAGAACACACAGAAGAAAACGUAUAACAUUAAAGCAUAACAGUAAAGUGAAAACAAAAAGGUAUAUAACGAUAUCAAAACUACUGGUGAAGAAGAAACGGCAAACCAAACGAUUUGUAUCUGUUCAAUGUCUAAAAGUGUAGCAAAAGAAAAACAAAAAACAUUGAAGGCAAAAGCGGAACAGGAAAGAAGGUGGAACUCUCGCGAGCAAGCUCGAGAUGCACACAUUACCAAGUAGAAGCGAAAGCUUCCUUUCGUUGGAGCAAACAUUCCUGGCAAAUGGAUACAUACAACUUCGCUAAAGACGUUAAUUUUCGGAACCAUUUGAGGUUGAUCUGUGGGUGUCAAAAUCGUGUCAAACAAAAACCAUGUUCAAAUCAUUGCGUCUGUUUCUUUUUUGGCUUUUGUUUUGUUGUUAAAGCAACCGCUUUCCUUGUUGGAGGAACUCACGAAACGGCCUCGUCAAAUGAAGUAGAACGACACUGCCUUAUGGACGAGAGGGUUCCGGCCUCGUGGUGUUCUUCCGCCACUGUUUCUCUUUUGGAUUCAGUUGCCAGUUUUCAGCUUUUAUUUCAAAACGGUUCAUCGAUUCACGUUGUUUCAAUCUAUUACACAAAUGUAAAUUGCCACAACAGUAAACUGCGCACAAAACUUUUACUUCCAUUUUGGGUACGUUCCUAUACUCCUUCACAGUAACUUACAUUCGUUUGGCUCUUCUUUUUCUAUUCGGUAAGCGUGAAGUGUAGCAAAUUCAAUUUAUCUUCCAAAAUACUAUUACAUUCCUAACUGUAGUACGAUAAGGACCGGAAAACGAAGGAGAUGGAGGGAGAGAGAGAGAAAAAAGCAAACUAUUCUUUGUAUACGCGCAUCUCAGAUAUACAUUUUAAAUUCAGGAUCUGUUUUUUAACCCAUCCACAGUCCACGUGUUUUAUAUCAGCAGAUUACAAAAGGAAAGGAACUUACAAUACAAACGUGCAAACCUGAAAGGACUUUUUUCCAUCUGCAAUAUGAAGAAAAACCAGCUAUCAACAGCUCAGU